AUGGGUGCUGAGAACUUCACUUCAGAAACAGGAUUCAUCCUCUUGGGACUCACCUCUCAUCAAAGUCAACGCAUUGUGCUAUUUGUGGUCUUCCUAACAAUGUAUUUGCUCACAGUCUUGGGUAACCUGCUGAUCAUCAUACUGGUACACAUGGAUGCUCAACUGCACACACCUAUGUACUUCUUUCUCAGCCAUCUGGCAAGCCUGGACAUAGUGUAUGUCACUUGCUCUUUGCCUCAGACUUUAGUGCACCUCUUGGCUGGAAAAGGAGUGGUUUCUUCCAUAGGUUGCAUCUUACAGGGUGGAACUGCCCUGAGCUUGGCCUGCACUGAAUGUUUGUUACUAGGUGUCAUGGCUUAUGAUCGCUACUUGGCCAUCUGCAACCCCUUGAGAUACGCCUCUGCCAUGGACAGGAAGCACCAGCAUCUGCUUGCCAUGUCCUGCUGGAUCAUAGGCUGCGUCCUCUCAACAGUCACUAUUGUUUGCGUCUUUCGUCAUUCCUUCUGCGGUUCCAAUCACAUUAACCACUUUUUCUGCGAGCUGCGUUUUUUGCUAGAUCUUGCAUGUGAUGAUGUAAGCCGCACCAAAGACAUACUUAAUGGUCUAUCCGUAUUCGCCGUUCUGAUUCCCUUUUCAAUUAUCUUGUGUUCCUAUUGUUGUAUCGUACAUUCAAUUUUUCAGAUGCAGUCAGUUGCGGGGCGUUAUAAGGUUUUCUCCACCUGUGGCUCCCACCUUGCUGUGGUUAGCUUGUUCUAUGGUACCAUCAUGUCUAUAUACAUAAUCCCCCAAUCAAAUGCAUCACCUGAUAGGAACAAAAAGGUUGCGGUUAUGUAUCUUGCAGUCACUCCCCUGCUCAACCCCAUCAUUUACACUUUGCGGAAUAAGGAUAUCCACAGGGCUGUGAUCAAGGUGUUGAGAGGAAGGAACUUUGAAGAAAAAACAUGA